AUGUCGCCUCCCCCGAUCCACGACGCCUCCUCCCCCGACCUGGCAACCCGCGACGCCGACUCACCACCGCACCUUGCUAGCAAGGAAUUUCGUCUAUAUGACCGCGCGAUCACCGUCUUCUCCCCCGACGGCCACCUCUUCCAGGUCGAGUACGCCCUCGAGGCCGUCCGCAAGGGUAACACCGCCGUCGGCGUCCGCGGCACCGACACCGUCGUCCUCAGCGUGCUCAUCCACCAUGCGCGGGUCGAGUGCCAGAACCACCGACUCACCGUCGAUGACCCGAUCACCGUCCAAUACAUCACCCGCUACAUCGCCGGCCUGCAGCAGAAGUACACACAGAGUGGUGCAGUCCGCCCCUUCAGCCUCUCCACCCUCAUUGUCGGCUUUGACCCCUACACCGACAAGCCGGCCCUGUACCAGACCGACCCAUCCGGUACCUUUUCUAUCUGGAAGGCCAACGCCACGGGGAGGAACUCCAACUCCAUGAGAGAAUUCCUCGAGAAGAACUACAAGGAGACCUCUGGCUAGGAGACUAUC